AUGGAGGAUGACGCAAAGCCUAUUAGAGAGGUACAGCGCCGGUUAAAUCCAAAUAUGAAGGAAGUGGUCAUGAAAGAGGUGAUCAAAUUGCUAGAUGCGGGAAUCAUCUACCUUAUCUCUGAUAUCAAGUGGGAUGUUCCGUUCAAUUUUGAUGACACUUGCAUGGAAGCUUUCAUCAAACUUCGCAUUCUCCUCUCAUCCGCCCCAAUCAUGAAACCCCCUAAUUGGUCUCUUUCCUUUGAGAUCAUGUGUGAUGCAUCCGACUAUGCAUUAGGGGCGGUUUUGGGCCAACGUGUGGAUAAACUUCCGCAUGUCAUUUAUUAUGCUAAGUUUGACAUUGACAUCCGAGACAAAAAAGGGACCGACAAUGUUGUCGCUGACCAUCUCUCUCGCUUACUUAUUGAGAAAUCUUCAGAAUUCGCAGCCAUCCGUGAUUCCUUUCCGGAUGAGCAACUUCUUCAAGUUUCACAUUCUACUCUUCCAUGGUUUGCGGAUAUUGUCAGUUAUCUUGCGGUUGGCAAAAUUCCAGCCCAUUGGUCCAAACAAGAGAGGGACCGGCUUUUCUCCCAAGUGAAGCAUUUCUUUUGGGAAGAUCCGGAACUAUUCAAGUAUUGCCCAGACCAAAUCAUCCGGCGAUGUAUUCCUGAAACCGAGGCUACAAGCAUUUUAAAUUUUUGCCAUACUCUUGCUUGUGGAGGCCAUUUCACGGUGGAUUAUGUGUCUAAAUGGGUUGAUGCCGAGGCUACCAAAACCGAUGAUCAUAAAGUCGUGAUCCAUUUCAUUCAGUCUCACAUCUUUAGUCGUUUUGGUACGCCCCGAGCAAUCAUUAGUGAUGGCGGAUCUCAUUUCCGAAAUCGUUAUCUAAAAUCCGUCCUUGCUAAGUAUUCCGUCAUUCAUAAGGUUGCUACACCUUACCACCCUCAAACGAGU